ACAGUGCGCAUGCUUGAGAAUAGAGGAAGUCGGUAAUGGUGACGGAUGAUGUGGACGUAAAAGGGCCAAGAGCAUCAGCGCGUUUUCAAGAAAGAAAGAAAACAAAUCUUAAAGACGGACUCACGGAUAUGAAGCACGGUUUUUGAGAGGUGUCUGAGUUUCUCUGCACCGAGACAGAACACACCAACGGUCCGCGAUGAUGGCAGAAUGCGAUCCCACCGACGGCGAGCCAGAGAAAGGCGGCGGAGAUUUCACACCGGAGAUGAACUUUUUCCCGUCGGAGGUGCCCGCGGUGUUAUUUGAAAAGACCCGGCCGGCGCCGUCACUAGGACUCUCGCUGAACCCCGGGGCAGCGGUCCGGAUCUCGAACUCGACGGAAAGCGUCCUGACGGAGCUGGAAGCGGACGGCUCGGGGGAAGAGGCGCUACUGUUACCGGGACCUGCCGUGAAUCUCUCACCUCGGGCUGGAAGAGAGAAAAGGACGCGGAGGAACAGACACAGCUCAUCGUCUGAUAAUCUGGCAUCUCCAGGUAAUAGCAGUGGAGAAUUCAACCAUUUCCCAGAAGACCCAGAGUUUGGCGAGAUCAUCCAGAGAGCUGAGCAGGCGAUAGAAAAUGGUGUAUUUCCUGAACGCAUCUCGCAAGGAUCCAGUGGAAGCUACUUUGUCAAAGAUCCCAAAGGGAAAAUCAUUGGCGUGUUUAAACCAAAAUCAGAGGAGCCUUAUGGUCACUUAAACCCUAAAUGGACCAAAUAUUUCCAUAAAGUCUGCUGCCCGUGCUGUUUUGGCCGUGGUUGCCUCAUUCCUAACCAGGGCUACCUCUCUGAGGCAGCUGCCUCACUUGUUGACCAAAAAUUGGGUUUGAGGAUUGUACCCAAAACUAAGGUAGUGCAUUUGGCCAGUGAGACUUUUCACUAUAGUGCAAUUGACCGUGCCAAAUCACGUGGUAAGAAAUACGCACUGGAGAAAGUCCCCAAAGUUGGACGACGGUUUCACAGAGUUGGCCUUCCUCCAAAGAUGGGCUCAUUUCAGCUGUUUGUGGAGGGCUAUCAUGAAGCAGACUACUGGCUGAGGAAGUUUGAGGCAGAGCCUCUUCCAGAGAACAUGAGGAAGCAGCUUCAGUCUCAGUUUGAGAGGCUGGUGGUGCUGGAUUACGUCAUCAGAAACACAGACAGAGGGAAUGAUAACUGGUUGAUCAAGUAUGAGAAGCCCGGCGAUGGAGAGCUGACGGAGAAGGAAUCUGAAUGGACUGAUCCAAAAGACUCUGCCAUACAGAUAGCAGCUAUAGAUAAUGGUUUGGCCUUCCCUUUUAAACACCCCGAUGAGUGGAGAGCAUAUCCGUUCCACUGGGCAUGGUUGCCUCAGGCCAAAGUGGCCUUUUCCCAGGAGACAAGAGACCUUGUGCUCUCGCGCAUUUCUGACAUGAACUUUGUACAGGACCUCUGUGAGGACCUUUAUGAGAUGUUCAAGACAGAUAAAGGGUUUGACAAAACCAUGUUUGAGAAACAGAUGUCUGUUAUGAGAGGACAGAUCUUAAACCUGACCCAGGCUUUGAAAGACGGGAAGAGCCCCAUCCAGUUAGUGCAGAUGCCUCGUGUGGUGGUGGAGAGGAGCCGCGGGGGAGGCCAGGGUCGUGUGGUCCAGCUGGGCAGUGCUUUUACCCAGACCUUUCACUGCAAGAGACCCUUUUUCACAUCCUGGUAAAAGGGCCACACAGAGAGGACGAAGACUGGAGUGAAAAUGGACGAGGGUCCUAUACCACAGACACUGGGUGAAGACUUCCUGGGUGAAGAACUUUCUGAGAGAGACUUCCUGGGUGAAUGUAGCAAAGGGAGAGACUUAGAAGAAUGCAUGAAGGUCUUUUGUGGAUUAUCCGAGGCCUUUUGUUUUCCUGAGCCGUUUCCCAGAAUUCUCCUCUUCAGCUCACUAUGGCUGUCAAGAUGGAAUGUCAAAAGGGAAUCGUUUGUUGAAAAUGUUUGUUUUGUGGCGACAGCCUUUCUCAACUGCCAAUUUUAUAAGUAUAACUAUAGAUAUAAAUGAAGAAUGAUGCAUAAAAUAUCAAGUUAAACUUGAAAAAUGCUUGAAUGUAACUUGCAAGUUUACAUUUUACACUUCUCCUGAGGACAUUUCAACACCAAGAAAUACUGGUGACCGUGGUAUUUAAUAUGAUGAAUGUAUUUGCUGAUUAUGUAACAGGAUGCAAGUAACAGUAUAUACACAUUGUUAAAGUUGGGUGCUUUGUAGCCCCUGAUAAAAGCAUAAUUACAAAAUGUUUUUUUUUUUUUUUGUCUCACACACAAUCCUGUGUAUGCAUCUUGGACUUUGUAUUUGAGCUGAGCGGUUGUUAAUGUAGAGCUGUAUAUUUAAAAUUGAAUAAAAUAAAACUUUGGGAUUGGUAAAAGUAGA